CCAUUUGCAUCCCUCCAGGCCCGUUACCGUUCCUUCCUCCCAACUCUAGGGCACGGGAUCUCCUCCCACGUCCGCCUCGGCCGCCGCGCGUCUGCGCCCCCGCCGCCCGCCGGCCACACCACCACCUCCGCUCCUCUCCAAGGCCCCACGAACCUGGUGGAUCAAUUUCUUGCUCCUGAACAAGAAGAGGUGCCUUCUGCUGAGACCAGAUUUCACCAGAAAUAUGUUGUUCAGUUUUCGUCAAGUUCAAACGUAUAGAUUGAUGGAAAACACUCGGGCAGAAGGCGAUGAUUUGAUGGAAGACUAUGUGGAAUGCCUCAUGUCAUUGGAUACCAAUACUCGCCCAGGUGAGAAUGAUAACACAAUACUUCCAGUUCCUGCUGAGGAACCCACAAGCAUUCCUGUUGGAAUAACAGAGCAACCUCCAACAAAAAAAAUAGCUCCAGUCGGCACAGAGGAGCCUAAAGAACCGACCUUGGGUAUGGAGUUUGAAUCUGAUGAAGCUGCAAAGGCAUUCUACAAUGAUUAUGCGAGGCGUCUGGGUUUCCCUUUCCGAGUUGGCAGGUCACGGCGUUCUAAAGGUGUGGAGGAGGUGUUGAUUAUGAAGAGAUUUGUGUGCUCAAAAGAGGGAAUAUACAGGAAGAAGCCUUCCGGUGAGGGCACAAGGAAGCGUGAGCGCAUAUCAAUGAGGGAAGGUUGCAAGGCGAUGAUGGAGGUCAUUAGAGAUUCAGACAGAUGGGUGGUUUCUAAACUUGAGACGGCUCACAAUCAUCAUCUCGGGACUUCUAGUAGAGUGGGCUAUCUUCGAGCGAGAGGCUUUAUCGACACAUGCGACAAGGCAAGAAUAGUGGCAUCAGAUGCAAUGACGCUGCUACGACAGAAUGCCUUUGGGGAACGAGGAGAUGCUCAAGGUCUCGUAGAUUAUUUUAAGAGGAUGCAAGCCGAAAACCCAGCAUUCUUUUAUGCCAUACAAGUUGACAGCAAUAGCUGCGUGACCAAUUCCUUCUGGGCAGAUGCUAAGGCUAGAAGUGCAUACAAUUAUUUUGGUGAUGCUGUUACAUUUGACACAACGUACAAGAAGAAUAAGUACAUGAUGCCCUUUGUAACUUUCUCGGGAGUCAACCAUCACCUGCAACCUGUUAUCUUUGGGUGUGCUUUGCUCAUCGAUGAGACUGAAUACUCAUUCAUUUGGUUAUUUGAAACGUGGCUUGCGGCUAUGGGUGGGCGCCCUCCAGUUUCCUUAGUUACUGAUCAGAAUAGGGCCAUGACAGCAGCAAUUGCAAAGGUGUUUCCAAACACACGUCAUCGAUUUUGCAAGUGGCUCAUCUUGAGUAGAAGCAAACAGAAGUUAGCUCAUGUAUACUCAGCACAUCCUACUUUGAGAGGGGAGCUGGAAAAAUGUGUCAUUGAAUCUGAAACUGUUCAAGCUUUUGAAAUGGCUUGGGCAUCCAUCAUUGAUAAAUAUGAUCUGAGGAAGAAUACAUGGCUUCAAGCAUUAUUUAAUAUCCGCCAUAGAUGGAUUCCUUUGUAUCUAAAGGACACAUUCUUUGCAGAACUGUCUCCAACACAAAAGUUAGAGACUACGAAUGAUUUUUAUAAGAAAUACUUUAAUACCAAGACCGCAUUAAAAGUGUUCCUCACACAGUUUGAAUUAGCCAUGGCAAGCCGAUACGAGGAUGAAGCCCAAGCAGAUGCUGAUACAAUGUGUACUAAACCAGUGCUGAAGACUGCAUCACCAAUUGAAAAACAAGCAGCAACUAUUUACACAAGGGUGGUGUUUAAUAAAUUUCAGCAGGAAUUUGUUGAAUCUUUAGGUUAUAAUGUUUAUAAAAUAAAGGAUGGCACAGUUAGCAAAUUUAGCGUGGCUAGAGACGAGGAUUCUCUUGAGACAUUCAUCGUCACUUAUAAUUCCACGAAAAAGACAGCAACUUGUACCUGCAGAAACUUUGAGUUUUCAGGCAUUCUAUGUCAACAUAUUCUGGGAGUCUUCCUAAUGGUCGAUUUGCAUAUGCUUCCGGAAGAGUACUUUUUGAAACGAUGGACAAGACAUGCCAAAAGUUGUGCUAUAUUGGACGAACACAGUGUUGAGCUUCAGAGCAGUAGUCAAGAAUCUAUUACAUCACGAUAUAAUGAUCUUUGUCGUGAUGCCAUAAAAUGCGCAGAGAAAGGAGCAACAUCUAUUGAGAUAUAUAAAGCAGCAAAGGAUGUGUUCCAGAAGGCUUUCACCGAUAUCAUUGCUUUUGAAAAAAAUGCUGGUAGAGGUGCGCAGCGAGAUGCGAUCAAUAUUAAUGAGGAAAUUGCAAUAGAUGAUGCAAUGAACGGCCAAGCCCUACAAGAUCCUGAAAGAAAGGUGACUGGUUUACUUGGCCAGUUACUUGGUUCCUCGUGGUCGCCAGUCUGAAGCAUUUUGCAGUUCCCUUCUCCUCCAGUUCUUAAAUUAUUUGUAACACUUCAGCAUUUGUUAUGUGUAUCCGAUGACCUGUCCAUUACUGUCUCAGCAGAUUGCCAGAGAACAGCACAUGAAUCUGUUACAGGGAAUAUCUGGUUCCAUUGGCAAACCAAAGCCGGCUAUUCGGGCGACACUGUAGAUAAUUUCCAAUAACACGACAACUUGGUUAGCAAAACACGAGACUGUAUCAAAAUUGUGAUGAUAGCAUUGUUAAAUGCAGACCGAUAUAACUUGUUCUUAGAAUAUUUGUAUGAACACCAAUUCAUCAUGUUUUGCCUCAUUGAAUGUUACCAAUGUAAGGCAGGCCGUCACCACUUUAAAAUCCCAAA